AAUUUUGGCACCUGACUGUGGAGUGGGUGUAACAUCCAUAUUAUUACCCGGCAGCUCUGCUUCUUAACUGUCAUUCACAAAAAUAAGUUGGAAGUGUCCCACGAGGCGUAACAGUAUCCGUGGUUAUACCACUCACAGCCCUGGGCAACCCCUGCGGCAUGUACACCUACGAGUGAGGUACACACCACCACCACCGACCCAGCAAACCACCAGCUCCUAUAAAAAGUGCCGUUGUGGAAGAGAGAUCUCCAGAAACUAUCCCCAAGACUGUUGAUUCAGCGUGUCUGGUUUAAAUCCCUCAAACCUGUUGCAAGCAGCUGUCCCUGUAGUGACACAGUCAGAAGCGGUGAUCACUACCCAAUGGUGCGUACCCCAUCAAAAGCCAGAACCCAUUAGUACUACAGAUCUGAUUGUGUGAUCAUCAUCUGUGGACACAGGGCUGCUGAUCAACAGACACACCGCUCUCUUGUGUUGUGAACUCUGUUACAAGCUUCAGUUUCUUAAGCUUGGCACAGGACCAAGGUGCUUUUUAUUCAUUCAUCUGGAGAAAUCUGAUUAACAUUUUGAAGUCAACUUUUUGCUGAUUACUGAUGCUACAAAUCAAGAUGAACGCGAUUGUAAAGUGCCUGGCAAUAAUAGCCAUCAGCGUGGUGUGUACGCGGCGGACCGUCGAUGCCGCAUCACUCCGUUGCGGGAGUCACAUGUUUGCGGGGGCUGGGAUAAUCACCUCCCCUAACUAUCCUGGACAGUAUCCUACCGAUGCUAUGUGUGCCUGGCUGAUAUCCUCGGAGGAAGGAAAUCAUGUUUCGUUGACGUUCAGUUCCUUCGAGGUGGAAGAGUCGUCAGGCUGCUAUUACGAUUACGUUCAGGUAUUUGAUGGAGCUGAUGAUACGGCCACUCUGAUUGGACGAUUCUGCGGUGAUGAAACUCCACGCACCAUUACAUCCACAGGUUCCAAACUCCUCAUUAAGUUCAUCAGUGAUUCUUCCAUUGCUAGACUGGGAUUCCACGCAAACUUCAGCACAGGUUGUUCCAGAAACUUUGACGAACCGUCAGGACAACUGACUUCCCCAAACUACCCUGGCUAUUACCCGAGCAAUCAAAACUGCAUCUAUAAGAUCACUGUCGCCAACAACAAGUUGAUACGACUGCAGUUUCUCGUCUUUGGAAUUGAAGGAACUCCAUUUUACUGUAGCUAUGACAGCUUGGAAAUAUUUGAUGGACCAGUGACAAAUUCUAAGCUGAUUGGACGAUACUGCGGUAACGAUCUCCCCGAUCCCGUCAUGACAACGAGUAACGUGAUGUUGCUGAGAUUCCUAAGCGACGAGUCCGUCAGUUUUCCUGGAUUUCUCUUGGAGUAUGAAGAAAUUAAUCCAGAUAAUGCACCAAGCAACCCGUGCCAGGUCGACAAUGGCGGAUGCGAUCAACUAUGUGAGAUAAGAAAUGGCAAGCCAACCUGCCGAUGUCGAACAGGCUUCAAAAUGAGCAAGAACAAACUGAACUGCAUAGACAGAGAUGAGUGUAGUGCUGAGGAUCGCUGUGCACAGAUCUGUGUGAAUCUAGAGGGCAGUUACCGGUGCGAUUGUCAGAGAGGUUACCGUCUUGCACCUAAUGCUUGGGCUUGCAUCGAUAUUGACGAGUGCCAGUCUGGUAAUGGAGGUUGCCAGGAAGUAUGUCGUAAUAUCAUCGGCUCUUAUACUUGUGAAUGCUCUACACCUGGAUCUGAACUCCUUCUGGAUGGACAUACCUGUGGAAUCAAGGCCAAUUGUCGAGAGAAUAACGGUGGCUGUAAUCAUAUCUGUCAUGAGAAAUUCAACGGUCGCUAUUGCUCCUGUCACCUGGGUUUCCUGUUAUCUGAAGAUGGAUUUAACUGCACAGAUAUUGAUGAGUGUCAACAACGUGGUGGACAUGGCAUCACGAGCAAUCACUGUAACCAGCGUUGUAUCAAUACACCAGGAAGCUACUACUGUGAUUGUGAUGAAGGAUUUGAACUCAGCCCUAAUGGUCGUGUGUGCAAAGACAUUGAUGAAUGUUCCACGGAGCUGAGAAACCAGUGCGACCAUAAAUGCAUCAACUUUCCUGGGGGAUUCCGCUGUGAAUGCUACCAGGGUUUCUUCCCAGACCACUCUAAUCUUCCAGAUGUUAUGAUUUGUAAGGAUGUUGAUGAAUGUAACCCACAACCUGCGGACUGCCAUACGUGUACCAACUUUGACGGCAGGUUUGAAUGUGAAUGCAGGCACGGGUUUUUCAAAAAUGACAACAGUACCGGUUGCCUUGACAUCAACGAGUGCUUGGAAGUAAAUGGAGACUGCCAGCAUGUUUGCGUUAACUUACCUGGUAGCCAUGAGUGCAGAUGUCGUAUAGGUUACCAGGGAACAGAUUUGACCAAUCAGGUGUGUGUAGAUAUUGAUGAAUGCGCAUCUGAUAGCAGGGGACCGUGUGAACAUUCGUGCACCAACACAGAUGGUUCUUUUGAGUGUACAUGUGACGAAGGGUUCUACCUUAAAGACAACAUGAUAAGAUGUGAAGACAUUGAUGAAUGUGUCCAUGAGAACGGUGGAUGUAUCCAACGAUGCUACAACACUCUCGGCUCAUGGGAAUGUGGAUGUUUUGAGGGAUACUUCCAAGAGGAACCUGAUGUGGAUUAUUGCGCAGAUAUCGACGAAUGCACUGUUUUGGGUCCGAAAGCACACCACUGUGACACAGAAGAGGGCGCUGUUUGUCACAAUGUCGAGGGCAACUACACGUGUCUGUGUCCGCAGGGCUACAUGACACACGAUUGGAACAAUUGCAUAGAUGUGGACGAGUGCCUGAACGACUUAAUGCACGAGUGUCAACAGGUGUGUGCUAACGUGGAUGGAGGAUUCCAUUGUGAGUGCGACGCAGGAUACAGUAUGAUAAAUGAAACACAUUGUGAUGAUAUUGAUGAAUGUACACAAGAGCUCUGUGACCACAAUGAUUUAUGCGUCAACUCUCUUGGAAGCUUCACUUGUGACUGUCGACCCGGGUACUUCCUGAUGUCUGAUGGGGUUUCUUGCUCUGAUGUCAAUGAGUGCAACGACAACAAUGGAAGAUGCUCACAAAUCUGCAUCAAUGACAAAGGAGGCCAUCGUUGCGAAUGUGAGGAGGGUUUUGAGCUUCAACGUAACGGCCGGUCCUGUCGAGACAUCAACGAGUGUGAGACAAGCUUUGCCUGCUGCAACCAGAUGGAGAACUGUCUGAAUCUUGAGGGAAGCUACACCUGUAGCUGUGACUCAGGCUAUUACAUGGGAUCGGAUAAUUGCACCUGUCUCGAUAUAAAUGAGUGUGAGAGGGACAAUGGAGGCUGUGGCCAGAUCUGCACUAAUUACCCGGGAGGUUUUAAUUGUUCUUGCGAAGAGGGUUUUGAAACGCAACCUGAUAACGACAAACUCUGCAAUGACGUGGACGAAUGCCAGCAGGGCAAUGGUGGGUGUGAUCAUGAGUGCACAAACUUAGAUGGUGGUUACAACUGCUCGUGUGAAGCAAACUUCAAACUCGGUUUGGACAGGCAUUCCUGCCAACAUUGUCCGACAUGUGAAAACUUUGAGGAGAUGCAGUCGAUGAUAGAUGGGUUACGGUCCACACUAGACACCAUGCAGGAUGCCAUUUUAGAUGUCAAAGCUCAAAACACACAACUCUGGGAAAGAGUUCGAGUACUUGAAGCCAAGCAGAACGAAAACACCCUUCCAUUUGAUGGUGUCAAUAAACUUCAAGACCCAAAUAAAGACCCACCCAGAGCUUUACCCCGCCACAGCCUUUUUCCUGUACACUGAAGAAAACUUCCAGAAAUCUUCGAAAACAAAAGUGACCUCAAAAUCUUCUGAAGAGUCACUUUCCGAAUGAUAAUCACGCAUCUGUUAAAAAGCAGUAACCAAAAGAUUGUAUAUAAAAUGCAGGUUAUAAUUUGGUGCAUAAUGUUUAACUAACUACAGUGGGACCUUCUAAAAGUAACAUUGUUUUUUCGGGUUUGUUAAUGGUAAAUUUCAUAACAACCGAAUUGUGGUAAGUGGUGCAGCUUUAAAAAUUUCAAAUUAAUUUUUUCCCCAGGUGCUGUCAUUUGUAGGGUGAAUUAAGAAGUAUUUACUAUGAAAGGAUUUGAGCAUAUAGAUUUUGACUAAGUUACUUGUACUUUCUAAGAACUACUGAGCCCCCAUAUGCCCAAUGGCUGGUAUUCUCAAGUGUUCAACACCUUAUAGAAACUGAUGACUAAAUGUCACAAGUGGAAAAUUGGGGGUUAUCAUGUAAGGUUUUGGGUAGCAAAAUGUGUAAAUCUCUUUGAAGUAGUUAGUAUUGGUUCUGAAAAGAACCGAUGGUUGACAACAAGUGGGUUUGCACCUUUUGUUGCACAUACAAGGCAAAAACCAACAUCCUGCAAUCAUUGUUCCGUAACACACUUAUUGCAUUACUAUAAAUUAAUAUAAUGAUACAAGUGUUGUAUACUACCUUUUAGUAUGACAUUCUGUUAUUUUCCUAACUAAAUGUUGUUCAAACAUGCCAAAUUGGUUAAUUAUAUGGGUUUCUAAAAAGCUAAGCAUCUGCAUACAAAGUUAAAAAUUUCUUUCAACGUAUUACAUAACAACUAAAAACUUUAUUGUGAUUUUCAUGAAACAAACAUUUCCUUUCGUUAAUUUGUGACAUGAGGAUGAGCCUGCAUGUAAACAUAAGCAUACUUUGUUUUUGUUUUCAUAGAGGUUUCAUUAUGCACAGUCUUGUUUCUAGGGGUGUUUGUGAAAUCGUUCUUGAAAUUGUCCUACAAAAUGUUUAUCACAGCCCGUCACUUACAAAUUAUACACUUUUCAGGCCACAAUCAAUCUUGUUUUUACUUUUACAAAAUAAUGUUACAUAUAUAGUUUUGACUACCAAAAAUAUUUAAUUAUAAAAAGUGUCUAUACAAUCACCUGAUGAAUUUAAGAAGAGUAUUUCUUUGUAAAUAGUGUAAAUUGAGCUGUUGUUUUGUAGUUGGUUGUAGAAAAGGAACACCUAUGGUUAGGUUGAGUUUGUCAGAGAUAAUUCAUUUUACAAAAACUAUUAAUUAUUAUUAUUAAAAAUAAUAAACAAAAAACUUGUUUUAUUAGUACACAACUUUCAGAAUAAAAUUAUCAGGAUAUUUUUUAAUGUGAUUUAAUGUGAAGCAUAACUGCAAAGCUUAUAUUGGAUCCAUUGAGAAAGCUACAAUUAGAGAUUGUUAUGAAAGGGUUAUACUGUUGCAUUUUCGCACUGUUGUCACCUUUUACCUCAAAAUGAAUACAGUGGAAGGGCCGUUAUUUAUUAUAAGAAAGACAAUUAUAUUUCGACAUGACACAAUACUAAAAUAUGAUUCGAAAAUGACUACAAUCUUAGUUGCUGUAUUAUUUAAAUGAUAAUGGAAAUUUAAUUUUGUUUUUAACUAUUAAAGGCAUUGGACACUCCUGGUAACUCAAAAUAAUUUUAAGCAGAAA